UCCAACCCAAACAAACAAUGUUUUUUGAAAACCCAAAUUCGAAUUCAAAGUUUCAAAGCUUUUUAAUAGUUGUCAGUGGUAGAUUUGCUGCUCUCUUGUGCAAGAUACGUGGGGAGGGGGGUGGGAUGUAGAGAAAGAAACGUGGGGGAGUGGAAGAUAUGUUAGAAUAAUUUUAGGACACUAAUUAUUAUCAUUAAUUCCCUUAAAAUGUACAUAAAUGGUAAUUGGGUAUAUAAAAUAUAAUUAUAGUAAAACUUAAAUAGGGAGAGUAAUAUAGUUUCAUAUAGUGUAUAAAAAUAUAAAAAUUCCCAUAUUUGCUAAGGCCCAAAAGCAUAACAGAUAAAAUAAUUUUAAAUAAUCUUAUUAUUAUUUUAUUUUAAAAUUAGUACAACUCGUUUUCAAAUCAUACUACAUUACUAUCUAUGCUGAAGUUGAAGAGCUCAAGCUAAUAGAAAUAUUCCACACCUACGAGCGCCUUUUUCUUUUUUUUCCGGACAAGGUCCUAAUAUGCCGAGAUUGAGCACAUUUGCCCUUCGUUAAUAUUUUAGUACAUAUGUGCCCUUACUGUCAAAUAGUUGGUCCACAUAUGCCCUUGUACUAUACGAAAUGGAGAAUAUUUGCCCUUCGUUAAUACUUUAGCUCAUAUAUGUACUUGUUAUCACAUAGUUGGUCCAUAUAUGCCAUUUUCGAAAGGGAAUCCACUCAAACUAAUUAGCUCUUUCGUUAACUAUAUUAAAGUGCAUUACGAACACCAUUUUCUUUUUAUUAGUACUUUUUAAUUUUUUCUUUACCUUUCUCUUUUCUUUCUUCUUUUUUCUUUUCUUCAACUUUUUUUUCCUUUUUCUUUCUCCCAUAUCUAGUUUUCCCAUUGUUGAUGCCUUCUCUAUUUUUGUCACCAAUUUCACUUGACAAAACUCAUAAAUUCCUGCUAAUUUUACUAUCACAAACCCCAUAGGUUCUUCUGACCGGAAGGAGAUGAAAAUUGUCGGAGAAAUUUCUACUUUCACCAAAUUAACCAAAUUAACACCACCGAAAAAUUAACCAAAUUAACACCACCAAUUUUUUUUUUUCCGGUGGUGCUAAUUUGGUUAAUUUUUGGUGAAGGUAGAAAUUUCUCCGACAAUUUUAAUUUCCUUCCGGUCAGAAGAACCUGUGGGGUUUGUGAUAGUAAAAUUAGCAACAAUUUAUGAGUUUUGACAUGUGAAAUUAGUGACAAAAAUGGAGAAGGCAUCGGCAAUGGAGAAAAUCGGAUAUGGGAGAAAGAAAAGGGAAAAAAAAUAGAAGAAAAGAAAAAAGAAGUAAGAAAAUAUAAAGGUAAAGAGAAAAACUAAUAAAAAGGAAAUAGUAUUCGUAAUGCACUUUAGUAUAGUUACCGAAAGAGCUAAUUAGUUUGGGUGGAUUACGUUUCGAAAAGGUCAUAUAUGGAUCAACUAAUUGACAACAAGGAUAUAUAUGGGCUAAAGUAUUAACGAAGGGCAAAUAUGCUCCAUUCCGUAUAGUACAAGGACAUAUAUGGACCAACUAUGAGACGGUAAGGGCAUAUAUGUGCCAAAGUAUUAACGAAUGACAAAUGUGCUCAAUUUCGUAUAGUACAUGGACAUAUUAGGACUUUUUCCGUUUUUUUUAAUCUUAAAGUUUGUACUAUUAGGAAAAAGAAAAUGAAGCUGCUGCUGUUGACACUACGACGUAAUAUUCUUGGAGUGUAGCCAUGGUUGAUUCAAUUAGUAAAGAGUAUAUAGACUUUUUCAUCUGCUGCUGUCUAAUUUGUGGGGUCGCUGGAAUACGAGUGUUAAUUCAACGUUCGUUUACCUUUCACUGUCUUUGUCUUCCAUUCCUUUGAUGCGCUUUUUAUCAAUUCUUUGUUCGGCACCUCUCUCUUGUUUUUUCGUAUUUGAUUAUCUCAAUAAUUGAAUUCCUGUUGAAAAAUGAUGCGAUAAAUCAAGCCUGCAAUUGCUGGCUGCUUUUGGAUUUUUCUGCUUUACCUUUUUACUUAACCCCAGAAAAUCAUGACACCUCGCUUCUGUUCUGUUUCUGGCUCAUACUUUCCUCAUUUCUUCAGUUACAGUCCAAUUCUUGAUCUUGGACUUUGGUCUGUUUUAUAAACUUAGCAAGUGGCAGUCUAAAGGAGGAAUCUUUUUGUUAUUUUGGGCAAAAAAAUAUUUGCUGAAAUGGGUUUCUGAGGAAUAAUCAAGAAUUGAACUUUUUAGAGGUUAGGAUUGAGAUGAAUCUGCGAGAGAAGAGUGGGACUAAUAGAAGCUUGGAUGUGGGAAAGAGAGUGGUGCUUGUUGCUGUCAAAGCUUCAAGAGAUAUAUCAAGAAGUGCCUUUAUCUGGGCAUUAACUCACGUGGUUCAACCUGGAGAUUCUGUUAAGCUGCUCGUGCUCAUUCCUCCUCAUAGCUCAAGUAAAAGGCUUUGGGGUUUUCCUAGAUUUAACAGUGAUUGCACGACUAGCAACUGGAGAUCAUUGUCUGGAACAACUUUAGAUCAGAAGGACUUCAUUACAGAAUCAUGCACUCAAAUGUUGCUUCAACUUCAUGAUAUUUAUGAUCCAGAUAAAAUAAAGGUGAAGGUCAAAGUCAUUUCUGGGUCGCAGUCUGGAGUAGUGGCUGUUGAAGCCAGGAGAGUUCAGACACGAUGGGUGGUGUUGGAUAAGAGGAUGAAAAAAGAGGCCAGAAUAUGUAUGGAACAACAACUGGACUGCAGUAUUGUUCAGAUGAAAAAUUCUCAACCAAAAGUGCUUAGGUUGAAUUUCAUUGGAUCGCCUAACACUGACACUGAACUCUCCCGUAGGUCACGAGCUUCUUCAAAACAUUUAGGUGAAAAGUCUGAUGAUCCCUGGAAUGAGAUUCGGGUGCCAAACGUGACUCCAGCAAGUAGUCCAGAGCAUUCAUCAUUCACCACAACUGACGCUGGGACAUCCUCAAUUUCCAGUCUAGACUUAGGGGCCUCUCCACUUUUCUUCACUGAGAUCAAUUGGGAUAUGAAGAAGAGCUUUUCGCAUAAAUGCAAUCAUUAUUCAGAUGAAUCUGAUUCUGACACAGAUAGUGAAAAGCUAAGUUCUCCUACAACAAGCAUAUGUUCCCACCAAUGGAUGCAAGACAUUCUCAUUGCAGCAAAGGAGUAUUCAAGUUUCUUAAAGAAAGACUCACCGAGAUCCAAAGGCACAUUGCUAAAGUUGAAGCACGAUGUUACCCCGGAGAAAUCAUUUGGACGUGAUCAGGACCCUGGAGUUCGUCUAAAGAAAGAAAGACAUGAUCUGGAAGGAAACAAUAAUAUGAGAAAAAUGAUGUCAUUAACCAAAAAUUCUCCUGCUGAUCCUCCUCCACUUUGUUCAAUAUGCCAACACAAGGCGCCUGUAUUUGGAAAACCACCUAGGUGGUUCACUUAUUCUGAGCUCGAACGUGCUACUGGUGGAUUUUCACAAGCUAACUUUUUGGCUGAGGGUGGAUAUGGUUCUGUACAUCGUGGACACUUACCAGAUGGACAAGUCAUAGCAGUCAAACAACACAAAUCGGCUAGUUCGCAGGGCGACCUUGAAUUUUGCUCUGAGGUGGAGGUCCUGAGCUGUGCUCAGCAUCGAAAUGUUGUGAUGCUGAUCGGCUUCUGUGUGGAGGAUGGAAGAAGGUUGCUAGUUUAUGAAUACAUCUGCAAUGGCUCCUUAGAUUCUCACCUUUAUGGACGUAAUGGACAUCCAUUAAAUUGGCCAGCACGUCAAAAGAUUGCCGUCGGAGCUGCUCGAGGAUUGAGAUACCUGCACGAGGAGUGCAGAGUAGGUUGUAUUGUUCAUCGUGACUUGCGGCCAAAUAAUAUCCUCCUAACUCAUGAUUUUGAACCAUUGGUUGGAGACUUUGGACUGGCGAGGUGGCAGCCAGAAGGGGACUUAGGUGUUGAUACAAGAGUAAUCGGAACAUUUGGAUACUUGGCACCGGAAUAUGCUCAAAGUGGUCAAAUAACUGAAAAAGCUGAUGUUUACUCGUUUGGUGUAGUACUAUUGGAACUUGUUACCGGAAGAAAAGCUAUAGACAUUAAUCGCCCCAAGGGCCAACAGUCCCUCAGCACGUCCUCUGCUGCGAAAGAGUGCCAUCUCUGUACUCAUCGACCCAUGUCUAGGGGACUGCUACUUGGAGCAGGAGAUUCAUGGCAUGCUACAUUGUGCUUCAUUAUGCAUUCGACGGGACCCUCAUUCAAGGCCGAGGAUGUCCCAGGUACUUCGGAUGUUAGAAGGCGACGUGUUAGUGAACUAACUUUGUAGUAAAAUGAAAAUGCUUUGGAGUUGAUCGUCAAAAGAAGUCAAGUUUGACAUAAGAUAAUCGAGCCAAAGCUGGCAAGGGCCGUUUCAGAAUAAUGCUCCAACUGUUCUGGGGGCUGCAAAAAGAUUCCACGGGCAGAAAGGUUCUCCUAUGUACGACACAAGGGAAGCUUACAUGAUCGGCAAAAACAAGGAUGUCAUGGCCAUUUCUAGUCCUCCCACAAACAUCAACCACAUCUUGUUCCUCUUUUUGUCCACUUUAUGAUCCACAUGCAUUGUAGAUGCUGUAUAGCAGUGAUAAGUAUGAAUGUGUAAAAAUUAUUUGAUUUGUUAUUCAUAGUAGAAUUAGGACGAAACAUUGCGGUGUGGGAAUGACAGUGAAACUGUAGCUUGUCUCUGUAAUUGUUUUUGGCUUUGAAAUGCAUUGAAUACACAAUUUUGUGGAACUUUAUUCUGUUUA